AGGAGUGUGUAUAUAAAUUGAUUGGCUUGAAAGGGACAACAAUAUGGUGAGGAAAGAAAGUACAUGAAUGAAGCAUAAGCUUACAGCUGGAAAAUAAAAGUUACAAAAAAGCAAAAAGAAAAGCUAUUAAAAGCAACCACUUCUUCUCUUUUCAUUUAUUUCUUCACUGCAUGCCUAUAUCUUCUUCAUCAUCAUCAUUUUAAAACCUUCAAAAACAAAUACACCAUUUCUCUCAAUUGCAAACAAUAAGACAGAGAUUCAUUCAGAAUUUGUGUUAUUAAGUGUUUAGUAGAAGAAAAAAGAUGGAAACAGGAGAAAGUAAGCAACAAAGGUGGUGUGGUUUAAAGGAUUCUUCAUGGUGUAAACAAUUCAAAAACAUAUCAAAUCCUUUGAUGGCAAGAUAUGUAUAUGGUUUUAUUUUUCUAGCUGCUAAUCUCCUGGCAUGGUCUGCGCGUGAUGAACUUUCUAGCAUUAGUACACUAACAAAACUCAAAGGUUUAAAAGUUUGCAAGGUUGAAAAAGAGUGUUUGGGAGCAAAUGGUGUCUUGAGAGUGAGCAUGGGUUGCUUUCUAUUUUUUAUGAUGAUGUUUUGGUCAACUACAAGAGCUUCUGAGUUGAAUGAACCAAGAGAUAAAUGGCAUUCUGGAUGGUGGUCAAUAAAGAUUAUUAUAUGGAUUCUUUUGACAAUUUUUCCAUUUUUACUCCCUUCUGCUUUGAUUGAACUCUAUGGGCAGGUAGCACAAUUUGGGGCUGGGGUUUUCCUACUAAUUCAACUAAUAAGCAUAAUCAGCUUUAUCAAUUGGCUUAAUGAUUAUGUUGCAUCUGAAACAUAUGCAGAAAGAUUCAAAAUCCAUGUGAUUAUAUUUGCAGCAGCUUCAUAUUUUAUAUGUUUGGUGGGAAUAAUUUUGAUGUACAUUUGGUAUGCACCAAUACCAUCAUGUCUUCUCAACAUUUUCUUCAUUACUUGGUCUUUAGUACUUCUUCAACUCAUGACAAGUGUAUCCAUUCACCCAAAAGUAAAUGGUGGACUUUUAAGUCCAGGGUUGAUGGGACUAUAUGUUGUUUUCCUUUGUUGGUGUGCAAUUAGAAGUGAACCAGAAGGAGAUCAAUGCAUACGGAAGGCCGGCACUGUACCCGAAACGGACUGGCUAAACAUCAUUAGUUUUGUUAUUGGAAUACUAGCAAUAGUUUUUGCAACAUUUUCAACCGGCAUAGAUUCUAAAUCCUUUCAGUUAAAGAAGAGUGAGAAGCCAACAGAAGAAAAUGAUGUUCCAUAUGGUUAUGGCUUCUUUCAUUUUGUUUUUGCCGUAGGAGCUAUGUACUUUGCAAUGCUAUUGGUUGGAUGGAAUAGUCAUCAUUCUAUGAAAAAAUGGUCACUUGAUGUGGGAUGGACCAGUGCUUGGGUCAGAAUAGUAAAUGAAUGGUUGGCAGUUUGUGUAUACUUAUGGAUUCUGAUAGCCCCAAUUAUAUGGAAGAACAGACAUACUGAAUCUACAUGAGAAGUUCCUUGUCAUACUGUUUUGGUUAGAUAUUCAAACUGGCACAUUUUAUGUGCAUAUGCAAUUGAAUCUUGCAUCUUCAAAUGUAAUACCCCAGAAAAUUUAGUCAUAGGCUCAUUCCAUCAAAAGAUGGAACAAAGAUAUAUACACCAUAUACAUGUUGAUGUAACUCUGAGAGAAGUUACUUACAAUCAUUCAAUGGAAUAAAUUAUAAAGGUCAUUUGUAUU